GCUGCUAUUCUGAUCCAGAAAUGGUAUAGAAUGUAUGUUGCCAGAUUAGAGGCUAGACGGAGGUAUACAUGGACUAUUUUUCAGUCUAUAGAAUAUUCUGGUGAACAAGAUCAAUUGAAGCUUCACAACUUUUUUAACAGCAUGAUUAACCAAUUGAAGCUUGAUACUGAUGGGCAACCCAAGAUUGCUCGUGCUUUUGCUUCUUCACAAAGACCAGCAGUUGUAGCUAGUGAAACCAGUGAUAUAUCAGGCUGUAUAGAGGGUAUAGAAGUAGAAAGUUCCUAUACUGGACCUCAUCUAACAUUCCCUAUAACACAUGCUCAAGUUAAAACUCUCAUACAGGCCUUCAAAGCAAAAAGGCGCCUACAUGUAAGAUAUUUAUUGGAAUUGCUGAAUGAAACUCAGAAAUUAUUCAAACAGAUGAAAAAUAUCAACUAUGCCUCCACAUCUAUCUCUAAACAAAUCACAGUGUGUGGUGAUUUACAUGGUAAAUUAGAAGAUUUAUAUAUGAUCUUCCAUAAGAAUGGCCUUCCAUCUGUAGAUAACCCGUUUGUAUUUAAUGGUGAUUUUGUGGAUCGUGGGGCUUCGUCUAUAGAAGUUUCCAUUAUAUUAUUUGCCUGUUUCCUUGCCUCACCUAAUGAAGUAUUUUUAAAUCGUGGUAACCAUGAAGAUCAUGUCAUGAAUAUGAGAUAUGGUUUUAUGAAGGAAAUCAUUAGGAAAUAUAAGGACUAUUCUACACAAGUAACAAAGUCCUUUACCGAGGUGUUCAGCUGGUUACCGUUAGCAACUGUGAUUGAUGAUAAAGUUCUUGUGGUGCAUGGUGGGAUAUCUCAACAUGUCAGUCUAAAGUCUCUGGCGCGACUAGACAGACAUCGAGUAAGUAGAAACGAAAGCAUGAUUUGUGCUACAUUGAAACAGCAAUACCACUUAUUUCUUUUAACUCUGCAAACUGUCGUCUCCCAUAAUGAUUGUUAUGGUUGGUCACCAGUUCUGUCCUUUUUGCAGUUUAUAUCAGUAUUACGACCACCAUCAUUAUCAGAAGUCAGUAGUUUAGAAAAUGUGUCAUUAGAAUUGCAACGCUUAGAAGAAUGGAAACAGAACAUAUUUAACGAUGAAACCAACUUUUUAACGUUGAAACCAACUUUUUAUGUACAGGUAUUAGAUUUGUUAUGGAGUGAUCCUAAAAGUUUAAUGGGAUGUAAUCCUAAUACAUUUCGUGGUGGUGGAUGUUAUUUUGGACCUGAUAUUACAGAGAAUUUUCUUGAAGAACAUAAUUUUAAACUGUUGAUACGCUCACAUGAAUGUAAACCAGAAGGCUUUGAAUAUAACCAUGACGGCAAGGUAUUAACCAUAUUUUCUGCUUCUAACUAUUAUGAUAUUGGAAGUAAUAAAGGUGCCUAUGCUAAGCUAAUGGGACCAGACCUGACAGUUCACAUGGUUCAGUUUCUAGCUUAUCAAACUGGCAGCGUUCGCAAAUUAACAUUUACACAAAGAAUCAGUUGUUUGGAAGCGUCUGCUAUGCAAGAUUUGAGGGAGAAGAUUCUAACCCUGAAAUCUGAUUUGAUGGAAGAAUUUAAAAAACAUGAUACAGAGGAAACUGGAACAAUAACAAUAGCCGAUUGGUGUUCUGCCAUGGAGUCAGUAAUGGAUGUAGAUGUACCAUGGAGAAUGUUACGUUCUAAACUUGUUAAAUUAAACUCUGAUAAGCGGGUCAAUUAUGAAUCAACCUUUGAAGAACUUCAAAUUUACCAUCGAUAUAGUGAGGCAAUAAUGGAGAUGUUAUAUAGAUAUAAAGACAGUUUAGAAACUAUAUUUAGAAUAUUUGAUAAGGAUAAUUCUGGAUUUAUUUCAAUGAGUGAAUUUACUGAUGCCUGUACUCUUCUUACAAGACAUACAAGCGUCAACUUAUCACCUAACCAAGUUAAUGACAUUGCUAAAAGUUUAGAUUUAAACAAAGAUGGCCAAAUUGACUUCAAUGAAUUCCUAGAAGCAUUCAGGAUAGUGGAUCAGAAGAAUUUAAAUACAGUUUCCCCGAGGAAUACUGAAUCAGAAGAUAUCUAUGAUUGUGCCAGUGUGAAUAGUUUUGAUGAACCAAUGGGAGUGAAGCGUAAAAUCACAUCUAAUUCUGAACUAAGUAACUUAGAAACAUAA